AUGGUGAGUGAGAUGGGCAUAUUCCGAUGUGUAGCCUACUCCACAAAUAUCAUGAUAUCAAGUGUUUCAUGUUUUACCGUUACAGCUACCCACAGCUACCUGAAAGACACAACACUGUUAGUCUCAUUGGUGGUGGCUGUCGGUGGGUGUUGGUUCGCCUACGUCCAGCAUAGAUAUUCUCAGUCCCACAUCAAGCAGAUGCUGGGGGACAUGGAAGGGCUUCAGAAGGCUGAGGAUGCACUCAGUGAAAUGCAGGAAAAAUUAGACAAAGCCCAGGAAGAGCAUCAAACUGCAAUCAGGGAGAAGCAGACCAUAGAAGCUAAGCUGACUGAUCAGAUAUCAAGGGCCAUGCAGGAGGCAGAGAGGUUGAGAGAAGCAAGGAAAGCAGACGUGAAGGAUGGAGGCUGCAACACGCAAGUUGAGCUGGAAGAGAAACUAAGACUAGCUGAAGAGGAAUUAACACAGCUACGGAAUGCAUUACAAGAGGCUGAGAGGCGAUUAGAAAGUGGCAGUGGAUGGCGCCCGCCAGCAGUCUUACAGCAGUGGCUCCAGCUGACCUACGAGACAGAAAAGAAAUUCUACUCUUUUAAGAAGACUGCAGCUGAUAAACAGCUCCGUGAAGCCAAGGAUGUGGUUGAAAAGAUUCGUAAAAAGCGAGGAACAUUCAUGGGUUCAUUCCGCAUUGCCCAUGGUAACAUUUUAGACGAUGUAGAUGCACGAAUAGUCAAUGCAAGGUCUGCUCUGGCAGAGGUCACUACGGAGCUGAAGGAACGGUUACAUCGCUGGGCAAUGUUGGAAGGGCUGUGCGAUUUCAAUAUCAUCAAUAAUCCAGGCAUCCACCAUUUAAUUACAACGCUUGGUGUUACUAUGCCUGAAUCCUCCACAAAGUCAGUGAGGAGCGCCCUUGCAUUUGGAGGUUCCAUCGGUGCGGCCAUGGUGGUGGGAAGUUUAGCCCAUGUGGAAGCCAAUGCCCCCAUGGGCCUUGAUGAAUGUGAUGAGGAUAUGCCACCACCACCAACAUACAUGUCAGCUGUCUCAGCUGGUGAUACCAUGCCUCACCAGUCACUACAAACAUCCAGUACUCUCUGCCUUUCUGAAGACAAGCUGAGCAUAAAGAAAUCUAAAAGCACCAACAACAUAGCCAGCUAUGGAUCUACACUGAGUCUGAUCCAGGCCUCCAACGCAGCAGUCAAGGCCAAGACACCACCCCCACAGAGCAGCAUGCACCAUACUGACCCUCCGAAAUUCACAGAAGCACUUUCAACUCAUAAGAAGCCUGACGGCAGCAGUACAUCUGGUAUUCAUUCCACCAACAGGCCUCAGAGGCUCCAUGUAUCCCAUUCAGAAAACGCCCUAGCCAGCUUGGUAGUUGGCACAGAGAAUGACAAGAGGCACAAUGAGUCAGCUAGAGGGCACGAGAGCAGAAAAUCCAAGAAAGACUCCAAAAAAAGUAGCUCAUCACAGCAGGAUGGUGACACAGACAGCCUCGAGAUGGAGGAAGAGAGAAAGAAGAAGAAGCGGUUGAGGAUACCAGGCAUGUCCGCUAGUAGCAAAAUCGAAAGGCUCAAAACAUGUUAAUGAACCAAAAACGGGCUCCCAGCCUGACGGUAGCUUAAAUGUUGAACCUCUGAAAUUUAGUGAAUCAAAUCAGUAGGAAUAAUACAGUGCCUUUUGUGUUAAAUUUACUCUUUGGUUGAAAAACAAAAGUUCAUGUUAAAGCGCGUAAUCAAUCUUUCAAAACAUUGUCUCCACAUUUACAACAAAAUUUGAAAAAAAUAGUAUGUGGAAACGAAAUUAGUUAACAUUCCCAAAAUAAUGUUAUUAAUCAAACACUUCAUUGUAAAUAUUUGUUGUGUGCUGUAAGGAAAGUCCCAGUAUGAAUACGGGGUAAAUGUCAAUAAUGGUUUUAUUGGCUGCUAGGAAAAAACAUGCAUCUCAAAAUUUUUACAUUUUUAGAUAAUAAACCUUUCUAGGGAAUAUGAAGGUGCUGUUUUCAUUUAGCAAAAUUUCAAAGUCGCACGAUAUUUAUUUUUCGGGUAAAUUUAUGACUUUUUGGCAUUUUUUCGGCAUUUCCCAAAUUUUCUACGGCAGAACAAUGUAUCUUACCAGAAGUAUUGUUUUGUUCAACAGCAAAACAAUGUAUCUACAUGUUGCUCCCUUUUUGCUUGAAGUUAAUUUUCCCAAAAUGCAGUUUUUUAUUUGGCAAAAAAAGGUUAAUUUGUAUUUGCAUUGCUCUUGCUAAUUUCAAUGACUUCUCUAAAUUAACAUCAAUCGGAGCAAAAGAAUGUAACUGAAUAUGCGUUGUAAGUUUCAUUUUCUAUGAAAAUUGAAUGCAUCUUAUAGAUGCUUUGUUUUUCCUUAGACGAUGUAUGCAUUCAAACCAAGCCAACUCAAAUUGCCUUGUUUUGCCACGAAAACCCUUCUUUCUAUUUCAACAUUCAAUCUUGUUUGCAUUGUUGUACUGAAAAAAAAAAUGCUGACGUGAGAAUGAAAUUCAUGUCAAAAAUUCGUGACGGUCGGGACAAAAUCCUUUUCCCAUGUAAUAUUUUGACAACAUAGGGCGCUAUAAAAUUUCGACUGCCCUUCAAAUAAAGAUCCAUUGUUUUGCCGUGGAAUGUAUCACAGAGUUGACAGUUUUGCUGCCUCUCAACCAAAGAUACAUUGUUUUGCCGUAAAAUUUCUGAAAAAGUGCUCUUGUCAAAACAAGAUGCAUUGUUUUGCCUUGGAAUGUGUAAACCACAUACGACAAAUAAUGCACGGCAUAAGAAUGCAACUUAAUAAAAAUGGUAAUAAGUAUAAGAAACCGAGCUUUUAACAGUCCAAAAAUUUCAGAAUAUAAAGAAAAUAUAACUGGCACAUCUGUGAACAAAGAAACACUGUUGUGUUUCUUUGUUCACAGAUGUGCCACAAAGAAACACUGUUGUGUUUCUUUGUUCACAGAUGUGCCAGUUAUAUUUUCUUUAUAUUCUGAAAUUUUAAAUCAUAAAAAUGGCAAAAGAUGGAACUUCAAAGUCUUUUUUCUCAAAAUGAUCAUGUUCGAGUUGCAUUGUUUUGCCUUGGAAGGGCCGUCGUCGCCUUAUGGAUGUUGCACAUUAAAUUAUAUUCAUUCAUAUUGUUACAUCCAGGAGUGAAACACUGGCAACCAAUGCAAGCAAGCAUUGCCAAUACCCCGUUUUCAUUCAAGACAACACAAACAGACUAAUUAAGUUGCCUAAAUGUUAGUAAUUUUUGUACUAUGCACAAUGUUCACUUUGCGAGAGUGAAUGUUGAGUGCCUCAGAUCCAUCUCAUACGACAGGUAGUCCGAUUCAAAGGUAUUGCAGUAGUUUUUUCUUCAGCUGUAGUGAUAUGAAUUAUUUUAUUAAGAAAAUACUUGGAAACACCAAAAAGCGUUUACUAAAAAAUCAUUUUAUUUCUCUAUUUGAAUCCAUUUUAGAAAUGUUUAGGAUGAAAACUUCCCAGUACCUUUUAACCUGAGAACAACUUCAGCGGUAAUAAGUGACAAGGUUGUUAAAGUUAUUGAUUUUUUGGUUGCUUGUGUGCGAUGGGUUCAUUCAUGGAUUUGGGGUUACCCAAAAUUCACGAAUUUUUCUUUGCUGGUUUAAUAAUGGCUCGGUUUUAUUCAGAAGAAUGAAAACUAAUCGUCAUAUUAGUCAUAGUGCCGGUUAUUGUUGGUUUCUCAUGUUUGUAAAUGGCUAAUUUGAAAGUUAUUUUGUGUCAUUAUUAUUAAAGAAACAAACUACAAGUCUUGAAACCUUU